GAUUCUAGAUAGAAAACUUUGCUACGCUGCAAAGGUUUGAACUUCAAAAUAUGUUUUAUGUGAGAGAAACAAAAAAGAGAAAUGUGUUUGCACAAAUCGUGAUGCGCAGAAUGGAUGGCUAGAUAGAGAGGGCCGGGGUGCAGCUGUUCUAUUUUAUAUUUUGGCUGUAAAAGCACAAAUGGAGCACACGUAGCUUCUUCAAAUAUUGCAGAACCUGAUGGAAAACAUCACUUAUAUCAUCUGUAAGUGGUUCAAUGCAGAUAAAGAAUAAGGGUUGUACCAAAGUGGGGCUCGUAAACAAAAGGGUAGUUGGGAGUUGGGACGGGGUGAGCUCACCAUGUCUAGCUAAAGAAUGGUUGAACGGAUUCAGAAUAUACACUGUCUCGUAGUGGAAAAGAUAAUCCCAUUUGCAUUAGUAUAUAUAGUGUCUUUCAGCUGAAACGUCUAUGUCUUACGAGGUCUCAGAGCUAGCUAGUGUACACAAGACAAGCCAGUGGAGGCGGCAUCUCGGCAUCUAGUCUGUCACUUGGUCCGCCUGCAGUUUUGUUUUUCAAAAUUGGAAACCGUGCUACCUCUACCACACUGAUCUCUACAAGUUCUCUUUUCAUCAGUCUCGCACCUUUCUUGCUAGCUAUCAGUAGCAAAUAGCAGAGAACCAACAGUUGGUAUAGGUAGCUGCAUUCCCGCUAUCCACUCAGCCAAGAUAGAUGGCAGAUCCCUCUGGUGCUCGUGGCGGCAACAUUCCGGCUGAUCCAAUGGCUGACACCGUGGAAGAAGCUGUGGCUCCGGUUGAGCAGCACUUGAAGUGGACGAAAGAGGACGAGGAAUCGGAUGCUGCUUUAUCCGCUCCCCUCAUGAGCAGCCUCCAGCAAGUGGACUCAAUCGGGGAGACCAUGGAUUCUGCAGAAGCAGCACCUGCUCCGGUUGAGAAGGAGGAGGACGAGGAGUACUUGCAGAAAGCAGCGCAGGAGCUUAGGUCCUCUGACUCUGAGAUCGUGGAUGUAGGUGACAUUUCUAGCUGUAGCCGCGAGCAUGUUGAUGAGGGAUUGGACAAUGAUUUGAUGAAAGCAGCAGAAGAGUUCAAGAUUGAUUUCCACAAGAGAAAAGAGCAGAUGCAUAGGUUUCCUGCAAGCCUACGCAGUCUCGACAGCCAGUACAUUGAGCCGAGGGUCGUUGCCAUCGGCCCUUACCACCACGGCAAACCCCACCUCCUGGAGGUGGAGAAGGUCAAGCACGUGGCUGCCGCCCAAUUCACCCACGAGUCAGGCCGCUCAAUUGAGGAGAUCUAUGGGGCUGUCUGCGAGGUUGCAGACGAGGCCCGCCGCCUCUACGGUCAUGACUCUGCGGUGGCAGGUAUCAGCAAUGUCGACUUUAAUCCUAUGAUGUUCUAUGAUGCUUGUUUCGUGCUGGAAUUUUUGCAUACAAUUAGUGAUGAGCAUGAGGAGCAGCUUCUAUCUGAAGAAGCAUUGCUGUAUUUUUUCCGUUCCAACGAAGAGCAAAUCAUUUGUGAUAUAAUGUUGCUAGAGAACCAGCUCCCCUGGGUAGUUGUGGAAGCCUUGAUGAACUUCAGGUCCGUUCCCGUGCAAGUGAAGAUGAUAAUUUCAAGGAUGGGGAAAGGUCUCACAAACCGUAAGUAUCAUAUUCAUACCGGACCAGAAGAAACUAUUUCAGACUUGCAUGAAGAGUACAAUCCGCCUCAUCUCCUUGGUCUCCUCCGAUUCUACAAAAUAAGCAGCAAGAUUGCCACCAAAGUCAGCAAGAAUGUCAAAAUAGCCAACAAGAUAUCCUGCAUUAUUCAUGUAUUUUCAAUAUUGAACCGUUUGAAAGUCUGGUUAAUUGGUGCGCAUAAAGAAAUGCGUAUACCAUCGGCCAAGAAUAAGUCCAUGAAAACACUCAGCUCAAUGUCAAUAUCUACAGGUGCCGUCGAGCUUGCAGAAAUUGGCAUCAAGCUGAAAGCCAGCAAGUCAGGAAGUUUCACAGAAAUGGCCAUCAGGAAAGGACCCCUCUUUGGCGAGCUUUCCCUGACGCCACUGGUGCUAAGCGCUACAAAUGCAUGUUUACUUGCAAACAUGGCAGCUUUCGAGGUAUGCACGACCUCAGGGGAUCUAUCUGAUGAUAAAGGGACGGCCGUCUGCUCUUACCUCGCCCUUGUUUCAAUGCUCAUGGAUCAGAAAGAGGAUGUGCGCGACCUACGGAGGAAGCAUCUUGUGCAGGGAGAACUCACAAACCAAGAGGUGUUUGACUUUUUCAAGACCCUUACCAGGCACCUGCCGGUCGGCCACUCCUUUCUCCUCGUCUUAACAAGCAUUGAGAAGUACCAGGUCAACAGGUGGAUGUGGAUCAAGGUGCACAGGUUCAUCUACAAGUACUUCAAAACCAUUGCUACGGUCUUCUCAGUGGUUGGUGUUCUAGUGGGCAUCUUCAAGACGCUCCUCUCUCUCAGGAAACACCAGUAAAAUCAGACCAUGUUUGCCAUAUUUUCAGUUAUGUACCUUGGGUAACACUUGCACAGUAUGAGCUUCUCGGUGUUCUGCUUUUGGGGCCUUCUUCUUUUACUGUAGCCUGUACCGUGAAUACUUGUGAAGCGUCAUUCGUCUUAGUGAUUCGGAUCUCUAAUUUACAAGCGAGAGAGCAGUCUUUUUCAUUGUCCAUCAUCAAGAAUACGUGAUAGUACAAUUAAGUUGCCAUCAUAGGUUACUUUCUUCAGUUCCUGCUAUUGUUUGUGUUUCACCAGACGGGUGCCAAAUCUUUUUUAAACUAUAUAUGCGUGUUUGUUGGUGCCAUUUCUGCUGCUUAAUUCCUUUCUACUGCCAAAUUCAGUGAAGACUUUGAAAUCUCUUCUUGACCAUGAAGGCUGUCUGGCAGAUAGUUUUUACAUUGGUACCUUCUGCAACACUUGUACAGUAUGAGUUUCUGGUUGUUGUGUUUCGGAGCCUUCUUCAUUCUCUGUAGUCUGUACCGUCAGUAUGAUACAAUCUGCUGGUCCAUCAAGUAUCAAUGCCACUGACAAAGAACAAGCUGAUGGUCUGUCAAAUUGGGGCGCCAGUGCCAGGCAACAUUGGUGUCUCUGCUUCGCAUUGCUCUGUUUGCUUUUCUAUGCGUGCCAAUACUUUUUCCUGUUGAUUGCCGGUGCCAUGCAUGUUGUGUCGUUUCUGCUACUUAAUUCCAUCUCCGUUGCUGAAUUCAAUAAAGACUAGACAAUGUCCGAUGUAAUUAACACCGAGGCUUACUGCUAGAGUUUUCAGUUUUGUACCUUUUGCAACACUUGUACAUCAUGAGUUUCAGCUGGGUGCUCUGUUUUUCAUGCCUCAUUCUUUUUCCAUAGUCUGUACCACCAUGAAUACUGAAGCAGCAUUCUUCUUGCAUAAUCAGAUCUGAGAAACCUUCAUGCUCUACUCUGAGCAACCUUAGGUAGUUUACAAUUGUCUGCUUCCCGCAAAAAGGAAAAAAAAAACUGUCUGCAGAAAAUAGGUCUCACUUGAGAUACUCAUAAAUUCACAACUCACAAGA